AUGCUAUACUUACGGUACGAGCACAAUCAUGACGACGUCAAUCCAGUCGUUCUGCUGUCUUGCUCUUGGGGUCUCCCUGAUGACGGCAAACAAGAAGGAGACAACCUCAUCCAGUUGCUCGUCCUCAAAGAGGUGAGUUUGGAGGACUUCAUCUUGGAGGAUGAUGUGAGCCCUCUCCCUGACAUCUUCACCCGGCUUCAAAAGAGACACCAUGUGUUCGACAACGAAGCCUGGGGCCCCGAGCAAGUCCAGGGUCUGCUGCAGACAAUCAACACAGAGUUUUUCCCAGGUCUUGGACCAGCAGUCCUUGAUCUUGGACCAGCAGACCAUGAUCUUGGACCAGCAGUCCUUGAUCUUGGACCAGCAGACCUUGAUCUUGGACCAGCAGCCCUUGAUCUUGCAGAGUUACGGCUGGUGCUGAUUGGUCUGCCUGGAGCAGGAAAGAGCUCUUCUGGAAACACCAUCCUGGGGCAGAACCUGUUCAAAGCCAGUUGUGGGUUUGAUCCCGUGAACACACAGGCAGAGCGUAAGACUGGUACAGUGCUCGGGCGGGAGGUCACAGUGGUGGACACUCCUGGCUUCAGUGAUGUAGGCAUUCGUCCAAAGAAACUGUUCAAACGCAUCAUGAAGUCCGUCCUGGAGCUGACUAAAGGACCUCAUGCCUUCAUCAUCGUGGUGCGACUCGGGCGGGUUCACUGCAGAGACACCAAACUGCUGAGGCUCAUCCCCAAACUGUUCGACAAAACAGCGUCCAAGUUCACCAUGGUGCUGUUCACUCACGGAGACAACCUGGGAACAGAGAACGUCGAUGUCCUCAUCGACCGCAACACCACCAUGAGUACGCUGGUGCAGAUGUGUCAGCGCCGAUACUGCGUCUUCUACAACAAGAGCAGCAACCGGCACCAAGUCCACGAUCUGUUUCAGCAAAUCAGCAUCAUGGUAGAGGCCAGCGGACACCCACAGUGCGACUCGCAAAUAUUCAAACUGACGACAGCGGCAGAGAUAAAGCUGUUCUUGGAGGAACUGUGGGAAAAAUGUAAGGCCAAGUUUACAAGCUGUUUUCGACCAAACAAGGACGACGAGGACGAGGAGAGGGUGCCGCUAACAAAUAUGAGCUGA